GAAAAAGUAGAAGAAAACAAAACAAGGAAAAGCAAAUUACAGUGUGAAAGCACUUUGGCACGAUCCAUCGUUCCUUGAGCGUAACACUGUCUCCCCCAAAAGCCUUCUUCUUUUUGCAGUUCCCGAUUUAGGGUUCUUCUCUCUCUUCUCUCUCUCUCUCUCUCUCUCUCUCUCUCUCUCUCUACACACACACACACGCACAAAACACUCACAUUUUGCAUCAUCAUUCAAGCUUUAUCAGAACGGAGUUAUGUACUGACUUCUUAAAACCGAUCUCCUUUAAUAACAGAUUCUCAGUGAGUUGCUUUUUCUCUCUGUUAAUUUUUUUCAGAACUCAAUUUUCAUUUUAAAAUACAGGAAUUGAGUGAAUUUUGCCCAGUUUUGUAGAAGAAAGUGUUGAAUUUUAAAAAACUCAUUCAUGGUGGUAAUUUUCUAUUCAAUUUUUGAAUGAAAUAAUCGGAUUUCAGUAGCUUUUUGCCCUUCCAUCACCCGAAAAUGGAUAAAGGCAUCGAAAAUUUAAUCUCUGCUAGAAACUUGUUGAAAGCUAGUGUAGAGAAAUCGAAAGCUUUAUCCCUCUCUCUAGAAAAAUCCGGCCCUAGAUUAACCGAAAUACACCAAAGAUUACCUUCAUUAGAAGUUGCCAUUCGCCCUAUACGAGCCGAACGAGAAGCCCUGAACGCGGUCGGCGGCCACAUUAACAGAGCCGUGGUCCCCGCAGCUGCUGUUCUCAAGGUGUUCGAUGCAAUUCACGGCCUCGAAAAAUCGCUUUCCGAUCCGCUACACGACCUCCCAGGUUACCUCGGUGUGCUCAAACGCCUCCAAGAGGCGUUGAGAUUCUUGGGAGACAAUUGUGGUAUGGCGAUUCAGUGGUUGGCCGAUAUAGUCGAGUAUUUGGAAGAUCAUAAAGUGGCGGACGAGUGGUUUAUUUCCGGUUUAAAGAAUGCGUUGAAUAAUCUUCGGGAAUUGGAGAAAGGUGAAGAAAAGGGUUUUCUUGAUGGUGGGCUAUUUGAAUCUGCGUUGGAUAGAUUGGAGAGCGAGUUUAAACGGUUGCUGACAGAGAAUAGUGUUCCUUUACCUAUGUCAUCUCCGACUUUGCCUGGUGAAAACCCUUGUAUUGCUCCGUCGCCUUUGCCCAUGGCGGUUAUUCAGAAAUUGCAAACGAUUUUAUCGAGUUUAAUUGCUAAUGGCAGGCUCGAAAAGUGUGUUUCGAUUUACAUCGAGGUGCGAAGCUCGACUGUGAGGGCUAGUUUGCAAGCUCUGGAUUUGGAUUAUCUUGAAAUAUCGGUUUCCGAAUUCAAUAAUGUCGCGAGCAUCGAGGCUUAUAUUUCUCAGUGGGGUAAACAUUUAGAAUUUGCUGUGAAGCACUUGUUUGAAGCUGAGUAUGGAUUAUGUAACAGCGUGUUCGAUAAAAUGGGAAUCGAUUUGUGGAAGAGCUGUUUCGGUAAAAUAGCUGCUCAGGCGGGAAUUCUUGCUUUCUUGCAAUUUGGCAAAACGGUCACCGAAAGUAAGAAAGAUCCGAUCAAGCUAUUGAAGCUGAUGGACAUAUUUGCGUCGUUGAGUAAUUUACGAUUGGAUUUCAAUCGGCUAUUCGGUGGGGCCCCCUGUGCCGAAAUUCAAAAUCUUACUCGGGAUUUGAUCAAGAGGGUGAUUGAAGGUGCGUGCGAAAUUUUCUGGGAGCUUUUGCUUCAAGUCGAGCUGCAAAGGCAUAAUCCACCACCUUUCGAUUGUAGUAUUCCUAGGGUCGUAUCUUUUAUUACGGAUUAUUGUAAUAAGCUUCUUGGGGAGGACUACAAGCCGAUUUUGACGCAAAUAUUGGUUAUCGAGAGAAGUUGGAAAAACGAGAAAUUUAAAGAGGGGAUUCUUAUCGACGAGCUUUUGAAUCUAGUUAAAGCGAUUGAGUUGAAUUUGGAGAAGUGGGCGAAGGGUUACGAAGAUGCUGCUUCUUCGUACUUGUUCUUGAUGAGCAAUCACUGGCAUUUGUAUAAGUAUUUGAAAGGGACGAAGCUCGGUUUUCUUUUGGGUGAUUCUUGGCUUAAAGAACAUGAACAGUACAAGGAGUAUUAUUCGACGAUAUAUGUAAGAGAGAGCUGGGGGCGGCUGCCCCCACUUUUGAGCAGGGAAGGUUUGAUUUUGUUCUCCGGUGGGCGAGGAACUGCUCGUAAUUUGGUGAAGCAGAGAUUGAAAUCUUUUAAUGAGGCUUUUGAUGACAUGUAUAAGAAGCAAGGUAGUUUGGUAAUUAUGGAAAAAGAUUUACGGGAGAAGGUAAUUGGGGUUGUUGUUCAGACGAUUGUGCCCGUUUAUCGGAGCUACAUGCAGAAUUACGGGGCGUUGGUCGAGCAAGAUCAGAAAUAUGCCAAGUACACCGCACAGUCGUUGGAGAAAAUGUUGAGCUCUCUUUUUCAACCGAAGGCUGUGAAAAGCGGGGGUUUAAAGGCGAAGUAAUAAUCGCCGUUCGAAAAUUAAUUCUCUGUAUAUAUUCUGAAAGACGAAUAAUAGAGAGAGAUAUUUAGAGGGAAUUUAUAUAAUUUAUAUAUAUAUUCAUUGAUAACAUGUAUGUAUCUUCUUCAUAAAUGUUGUAGCUGCCUGUUGGGAAUUCUUUUGGGAAUAAUGUCAUCCUUCUUUCUUUAUUAGCUA